GCACCUGCGCAGUGUGUAUUUCUGAUUUCGAAAUGCCAUUAAAGAAGAAGUGGAUGCCCAGUCGGGGACAAGGCUUGACCAGGUCUUGAGCUUCCUACCUCAUUUUUCGCCAGUCUCAUCAUGAAGACCUUUUCCGGCUUCCUAGUUGCCACAUGUUGGCUAUUCGUGGCCUUGUCCAACGGCCACACAGUCCUCUCCUACCCAGGAUGGAGAGGCAAUACCUUCAUCACGAAUGAGACAUAUCCCUUCGGGAUGCAAUGGACAUACCCGUGUGGCGGCCUCGGCGUGACGCAAAACAGAACGUACUGGCCCAUCAGCGGCGGCGCCCUCGCCGUCCAACCGGGCUGGAACUCGGGACACAAGACGGCGCUCAUGUACAUCAACCUCGGCCUCGGCGAGUCGCCGAAGAACUACUCCAUGGUCAUGGUGCCCCGGUUUCAGCUGACGGGGCCCUCGAAUCAAGAGUACGAGGGGACGUUCUGCCUGCCAAAGGUGCCGCUGCCGGCAGGUGUGACGCCCAAGGAGGGGGACUUGGCGUCGAUCCAGGUCGUGGAGGCUGCACAGCAUGGUGCGGCGUUGUUCAGUUGUGUCGAUAUCAUCUUUACGGAAGACGUGUCAAAGGUUAGCCCGGUGACGGGAGACAAUUGCUUCAACUCGACGAACCUCAAGGUCGAAGCGGCGACGCUUGAGACGAAUUCUUCGCCCAUUACCGAUCCUUCGGCUCCGGCGACGACGACUACUGCUUCUCCGAGCGUGUCUCCGACCAGUGGAGCUCCCCAGCUGGCGUCAAGCUUUAUUGUUAUCUUGAGCUUGUUGUUGUUUGUUUGAAAUGCUCCGGCAGGAGAUAAUGUUCAACGACUGGAUGUUACCAGAAACAAAAAGGAUAGCUGUCAUCUUCUGAACUUUCCUGCCACUCGUACUAGAACAGGAUGAUGUUGUAAAUUGAAGAUACCAUACGGCGGUGGAGACUUUACAGGGUGGAACACGAACUUUCACAUGCUUCUGAGUUCAUGAUAUGCAGAAGA